CUCCUGUUCGAAGUAAAUUGUUUGAAAAAAAAGAAAAAAAAAGUAUGGCGUAGCUAUUGGUAGAAUUUCAACAAUCGUGUAACUUUCGAAACAACACAGACACCAACGUGUUGAAGUAUUUUUGAAACGACCAGGACAAACGGUUUGCGAACAAAAGAAGCUAGACGUGUAGAUGUGGAAAACGUCGGAACAUGACAUUUUACCUAUAUUACAUGCAAAAUUUCCAUGUAACCACAAAAUGUUAUUGACGGUCAAAUUUCUGAGGACACGUCAAGUCAGAAACGUUGCUUCUUAAGGCUAAGCUUCUUAAGAUGAACCCCGCGUGUAAACAAUAUUCGACCGACAUAAUUGGUCUCAAAAGACCCACGGCUCUGGACAAGCUGUUCGAUUCGAUUCCUAAGCCCAAAGGCGCGGUACCAGAAUUUGGACUACCAAAAUGGAAAGUAAUGCCGUUAGAGUCGAAAAUCCCAAUGGUUCCCGGACCGGAGGGUGUUUACAAUUUCACGCGUCGUAAGCUUGGCGAGGAACUAUGGAUCUCCACGCCGGAUGCGGAGUUUAAUUUAAGCGAUCCAUACGGCUACGAGAUACAAUGGACUUACGACUCCCUCCACGAUAAACAUUUGCUUCCUCACUUCUCCAAACCGAAUAUCAUUCGGCAUUUGAUCAAAUCUGGCUUCGUUACUAAAAAUUUAGACGCAAAAUGUUCUCUGAAAGAUUACAAUAUGUACAGAAGGUAUCUAAGAAGACUGCACUGUGAUAGCAUAAAGAAGGAAUUGAAUAGAAGAACGAAACAAUCCAUCGAGGAGAGAGCGAUCUUGUAUGCUCAAGAACAGGCUGAGAAAGAAGUGAAGAGAUUGAGAGAAAGAGAAAGAUUAAUGGAGUUACGAAAGUCCGCGAUCAUGCAAAGAAAGAUGGCUGAGAAAAUGAAGCUGCAAAAGCAGAAAGAGAAACAAAGGAAAAUUGAUGAAAGGUUACAAGCAUUGGCUCAGAAAAAGAAAGAAACUCAACAAAUGCGGUAUAUUAAAAGCAAAGCUCAUGCAGAAAUAAUUCAGCAGAAACAAAUGGCAGCAACAGAUAUUCGAAGGCAAAAGAUAAUUCAAACUCUUUUGGAAUGGAACAGGAAGGAACGUAUACGAAAGAAAAUGAGAGAAAUGCGAUUAGCGCACGAACAAGAAGAAAAACGCAAGAUCGUAGAACUGAAAUGGGAAGAAAGAUUAGAAUUUCAAAAGAAACAAAUUGAAAAGGAACAGUUUCUAUUGCAAUGCAUAGAAGAUCAAAGGAGUAAAUUUAUAGAUGCAUACCAAGAAAAGGUAGACAGAGAAACAGAAAGAAUGAAAAGACUUUUUGAAGAUGUAAAAAUGUAUAUAAGAUGUUAUUUGGCUAGGCACUUGCCUGGAAGUAGAGAACGCAUUUGCUGUGAAAAAUAUUUCGAUGAUGAUGAAGAUGAAACAUCAUUUGUGGAAAGUGAUAAAAAGGAUGCAGCUAAGCUAAUAAAACAAGAUAAAGUAAGAAAAUUUCUAUUAUCUGUUAUUAAGACUGCAAACUAUAUAAUCAAUAAAAAACAAUAUUGAUAUCAAGGUUUGUCUGGUAUAAAAUAUAGUAUCGUUUCAGAUACAGAAAACGCUUCAGAAAGAAAAGAAAAGGAAUGAAGAAAAGGCUCUAAGCAAAGAUAAAUUAAAGCAAAAAAUGAAACAGAAAAAGAGGAAAAUCUCAGCAAGGAUGGAGAAAAAGGAAGCACGUAAAAUUGAAAGUGUUGGAAAAAGAAGAAAAAAACAAAAGAAAAGGAAAAAAGUAAAAAAGAAGAAAGAUACUCAAUCAGAUACAAAAUCUGAAUUAGACCCAUUCACUGAAUCUAUACCUUCAUCAAAAACAGAAACUAUAGAAGAAUCAAUAAUUUCUGAACCAAAAGAAAAGUGCACAUGUCAAGCAAUUAAAGAUCGUGAAAAACAUAUUACAUGAUAAAAGACAGAUAAUCUUCCUAAAACUAAAUUUUUUAUAGUUUAACUUUCCUUCUAAAGAUAAUGUUUAUAAUUUUAUAUACUUUUUAACUCACAUCUACAGCUCUCUUAAUAGCAGCACACAAGGCAAAAUACCCAGUCUGGCCAUUAACAGUCCACUUUGGACAAUUUGUUUUACUCCAAAAGGAAUAAUUCAAUGUGUCCAAGACAAAUAUCCAAUCGACUGCCUUUAGAUCAUCGGGAGAAGGGUGAAACU